AUGGUUCAGUACAACAUGAAAAGAAAAAACACUUUGAAUAUUGUGGAUAUUCCUUCUCCUGUUCAAUACUACUUGACAAAAUUUAAAGAAAGUUUAAUUUACAAUAUUAAAAAAAAUUUGACAUUACAUCACAAAAGUUUAGGGAAAAAGACAUCAACUAUUCCAUGUAGUGAGGGUGUGUUUUUAGGCGUUUUUAAAAAUGAUUUGGAAAGAUAUUCCCCUGCUAGAAGGUUGUACUUAAGUUCAUUCAUUGGAGAAGAAGGUAACAAAAGGUUAGAAAAUUUACUUGGUGAUGAGGAUUGGUCAAUUAGAUAUUUUGAUAAUAAUCAAUUUGCCUACAUUGACAUUGUUAAUUUUGAGGCAAAGGUGGAAUCUAUUGGUAGUGACGGCGAUUUUUGGCCUUUAAGCUCUAACGAUGCAAUUUCUUCUCUUGAAAGUACUUCUACACUCGAAGAUCUCAAAAUUAAGAUUAAUAAUACAACAAUUAAUGGGAAUCAAAUUACUGUGCUGAAAACUGCUUUGAUAUAUCUUGCAUUCUUAACUGGGAAAUGGAAAUGGGAUCGAGAAGGAAGAAUUCUUGAUUUAAUUUAUCCCGCUUCUUUUGGCACUUUAUCAAGUCAACAAAAAUCCAUUGCUUUAAAAACUGCACUUUGCCAGAACCAUAAUAAUAAGGAUAAAGUCAUUCUCUAUCAGCCUAACAGUGGUUAUGUUUUUGGUGGUAAUUUUUUUGGUACAAUUUGUCGUGGCCUUGAUUGUUCGUCUUUUGUGUCUUAUUGUGUGGAUUCUUCUGCAAGAUUGAGUACGUGGCACAUGAAAUUAAUUUAUGAAAAAUUAUUAAAUGAUGAAAACAAAGAUGUCAAUGAUGCAGUUGUGGAAAAGACUUUUUCAGAAUUUGAAGCAAUUGAAAUUCGAGAAAAAAUUGACAACACUAUUCAAAAAGGAGAUAUUGUGAUUUGGAGAGGAUCAUCCGGACAUACCGCAAUCUUUAAAGAGUGGAUUUCUAAAAGGUUUGAACAAAAAAACAUAAGUCUAUCAUCAUUAACACCACCUCCUAUUCCUUCCCCAACAAAAGAUCCUUUUUCUCGUUCUCUCGCUCCAUUAGAACCACAACAUCCUUCUAUACCAUCAUAUUUAAAUACUCAAAGACGUGGUUCAAUAACAGAUCCUUCGCUACAUUUAUCGGUUCCAAAUCCUGAAUUAUCAAGGCAAUAUUCACAACCUGAUGUUCAUUUUUCGUCAAAUUCAUCCGAACGUCGUAGUUCUUUGGCAAAUGUAGAUCAAUAUCCUCUCUCGCCAUCAUCCACCUUAUCACGUCCAUCAUCUGUUAAAAGUGAUCAUCAGUUAUUCUCUUCAUUGGAAUCACGUAAACUAAGAGAUUCAACUUUGCCAUCAAUAAGUGCAAGUCCAAGUCCCGUGAGAGAUGGUUUUCCCGGUUCAUUAAUGAAUCCCGCAUUUCAAGCACAACUACAAACAAGACGUCAUUCUAUUGCUUAUUCUCCUGGAUAUAUUCAACCACAACAACUUGUUAAAGAAACGCCUUAUUCACGUUCGCCCGAGCUACGGAUAUCUCAUAAACUUGCUGAACGUAAAAGAAGGAAAGAGAUGAAGGAACUUUUUGAUGAACUUAGAGAUUCAUUACCUGUUGAUAAAAGUUUAAAAACAAGUAAAUGGGAAAUUUUAAGUAAAGGUGAAAGAAUUAAAUAA